AGGGGCGGGGCUCGUCCGGGCCGCUUCCCUCGCCCGCGUGUGCGCAUGCUCGAGGCCGUGCUGGGGGGGCGGUGCGUCGCCAUGGUGACGGGAGACGCCGCUUGGAAGAGCCGUUGAAACGGGAGAAGCGAGGGCGGGACGGGGGAGCCGAGACAGGAUGGCGCUGGCGGCCCCCCGAGGGGCAUAAAACACUGGAGAAGAGAGGGGAGAGGACGGCUGUAGGCAGCUAGCAAAGGAGAACAUAAAAUGCAUCCACCCAAUGAAGAACCUGAGUCAGGAAAAGCUGCAACAGAGGUGGGGAAUGUUCAAGAGAUGAAGGACUGUGGACAGGUAGACACCCUCGCCAACAAUGAGGACAGCUUAGCAAAAGCAGAACUUCCACCACAACUGCCAGAAGGAGCGCAAAGGCUGGAAAAAGGAAUUGAGAGUAUGGACCAUAAGGAGCAGAAACUGGAAACUGCAAAGAAUGACUACGGUAAUGGAGAACCAGUGCCGAAGAGAGACACCUCUGUGAUUAACACUCAUCAACAGAAUGAACAGAAAUCAAAUGGUAAUCAUAAGCCAGGAACUGACUCAUCCUGUGAAAAAUCAGAACUGGAACGAGGUCGUAUUAGAAUGACCAAAAAGCUACUUAAGGAUCUGUGCAAACAGCAUAAGUUAUACUCAACCCCAUGCUUGAAUGACACCCUCUAUCUCCAUUACAAAGGGUUUGAUCGUCUGGAGAACCUUGAAGAGUAUACAGGACUGAAGUGUCUGUGGCUGGAAUGCAAUGGCUUGACAAAGAUUGAGAAUCUGGAUGCACAGACAGAUCUGCGUUGCCUUUAUCUGCAGCUCAAUUUGAUUCAUAAAAUUGAGAACCUGGAGCCCUUGCAAAAGCUGGACUCUCUCAACCUCAGCAAUAAUUAUGUCAAGACUAUUGAAAACCUCUCUUGCCUGAAAGUUCUGCACACUCUGCAGCUUGCUCACAAUAAGUUACAAACCGUUGAAGACAUACAGCACUUGCAGGAAUGCCCCAGUAUAAGCGUUCUUGACCUCUCUUUCAACAAGCUGGACAAUCCGGACAUUCUAAAUGUCCUGGAGACCUUGCCGGAUUUGCGUGUGUUGAAUUUAAUGGGAAAUGGAGUAAUUAAGAAAAUUACUAAUUAUAGAAGAACACUUACUAUUCGAUUAAAACAUCUGACAUAUUUGGAUGACAGGCCAGUUUUUCCAAAGGACAGGGCCUGUGCAGAAGCCUGGGCUAAGGGUGGCCGUGAAGCUGAGAAAAAUGAAAGGGACACGUGGGAAUCCAAAGAAAGGAAGAAGAUCCAAGACAGUAUUCAUGCUCUCAAUGCAAUCCGGCGAAGAGCUAGAGAGAAGAAGAGCCAAAGAGAAAUGGAAGAAGCUGUCAAAGAAGGGAAAAGUCCCUCUUCAGGCAACACCACCAUGAGACACGAUAGCGGAGAGGCUUUCGGUACUUUGGAAGAGUUGGAAACAAAGCAAAAGAUUGAGAAUUUUGUAGAUGGCAGCAUGGCUGCCUUGGAGGAAACUCUGGCUACUGCAGCAACUUCAGGAGCUCAGCUGGACAGCCCAGAAAAGGAUAAUCUGGGUAACACACCACAGAUGGCACCAGGACCAAGUCUGGGCACCUCUUUGACCAUCACAGAAGUGAUGCCAGUAGAUAAGAUGUCUACCCCAGGACCACUGGUUACUGAGCUUGCUGACUCUGCACAGAUCGAAUGCAUUAAAUUGGAUGUACCGGAGAAGCUUUUCCUUGAUGAACUGCCUGAUUUGGAAGAUGUAGAUGUCAAUGAAAUCUCACCAGGGGAGGAGAUUUUCACUGGGAAGGCGACCUGUCCUCCAAAGAUUGAAGUGAUUUCUGAAGAAAGUGAUGGCAGAGAUUACACAUCUGAGGGAAACAUUACCACCACUUUAGGGAACACAGAGGCAGAGGGGAUCCCAACCACUAUCUUUUCAAGCAUACACAAACUGCCACAAGACAACUCAAAGGAAGCCAGAAGACCCUUCGUAGCAGACCUUCUAGCACAAGAAGUAGUCCUGGAAACUAACGUAGAGCCAGCCAAGCCUUUGAAAACUUUGAUUGAAGAGAUUACGCCAGAUCCUGGGGAAUCAUCAGUGAAGCCAUCCACACACGAGGAAACGGAUGAACCAGAAGUUGUGGGAAACAAAGAACACCAAGGGACCCUUGCGCAGGCAGGAGAUCUGGGGGAGCUAGAAGAUGCAGGAUCCUGUCAUAUGCUUGAAAACCAUGAGGACCAAGAGUAUGAUUUGGACUAAGCCAUGCAAGAGAUACAGACUGAGCUCUUGGCAAUGGCUCCUUAGCGCAACAAUACCGCAGUGGGUGGAAUCCCCACAGUCACCUCAUUUUGUGUCUUUGGGCACAUGGGCGCUUUUCAGCAGAGGGACUUCCAUGUCGACUAGUGGCUAGCAAAGCCGUGCCUUUUCCAGCAGCCAAGCAUUGCUGCUACCCUGCUGGGUGAUAGCUCAAGAGAGAGGCACCACAAUGAAUAUAGGGGUGUUAGGGUCAUACGUGCUCAGCAGGACCAAGAGUGCCCAUGUCACUGUGAAAGCUCCGCAUCUCUGAGCCAGAUGGCCAGUGUUUAUAUAUGAAUUUAGUUUUCAGUUUCUUAUAUCUUUGUAGAGGUUCUAUUACUAUCAGCAGGAUCCAGCCAAAAUGAAGCACAGUUAGGCGCCAUUCGUGUUGGUGAGAGAACUGGCAUGUUGAUCACUUGGCUAUGAAAGCAGUGGGAUUUAAGGAUGCUUCACUGUGGCUGGAUCAGGCCCCAUGUUUCCAGCAUGUCUUUGCUUUUUAAUUUGCUUGUUUCAGUUACAUGUUUACUUUGUUUUAUUAAAUGUUUUUAUUCUCA